CUCGUGACAGUUUUCAAGUCAAUUUAAAAUCUCGUCUCGAACUUAGCGGUCAAAACUUGUAAAAGACUCAAAGAAGUUAGAAAGCUGAUGUGAUGGUGACAGUUAAUAUCGAGUUUUGUCGAACAGAGAAUAAAAAGAAAAAUAAAAAUCAGAGAAUGAAUCCAACUUCAAAAUGAAUUUCGAAGACUAUCUAUAUAUUUCCGAAAGCUGACGAUAGAAAAAAAAUCUACGUCUAAUACUCCGAAAAGGAAUGAUUUUAUCAUCAAAAAGUCAAAAUCGAAGGAAAACGAGCAAAAUGGUCAUUUCGAAAGAUAAACACUCUGGUGUAAUUGAUAAUAUACAGAAAUGUAAAAAAGUUAAUAGUCGAAAUCUUCGUAAAAAUAAAUCUUCUAAUAAAGAUGAAAAUAAAAUAGAUGACAGCGAUGUUGCACUUUUAACAGCCAGCAAUGGCACAUAUGAAAAAGAAAGCUCGAAUGUUAUUUUGUCACCAGCUGUUACUACUCAGGAUCGAUGUAAAUUGACAUCAUGGAAUUUACCACCAAAUAUUCUUCAAAAAUAUAUAGCUCGUGGAGUAGGACACAUGUUUCAAUGGCAAGUGGAAUGUUUGUCAAAUCACCAAGUAAUGCAAGAGAAAAAAAAUCUUGUAUAUUCAGCACCUACAUCUGCAGGAAAAACUCUUGUUGCUGAAAUUCUUUUGAUUAAAACUGUUUUAGAGAGAAAAAAGAAAGUAAUCUUUAUCUUGCCAUUUGUUUCUGUUGUUAGAGAAAAGAUGUAUUAUUUCCAAGAUUUGUUGUCUGACAUUGAGAUAAGAGUGGAAGGAUUUAUGGGAGGAUCAGUACCACCUGGAGGAUUUGCUGCUACUCAUGUUGCAGUAGCCACUAUAGAAAAAGCAAAUUCUUUAGUAAAUCGCCUAAUGGAAGAGAAUGAUUUGAGUAGUUUAGGUGCAGUGAUAAUAGACGAAUUACACUUACUAGGUGAUCCAAAUCGUGGCUACCUUUUGGAGUUGUUGUUGACAAAGUUAAAAUAUAUGACUCUUCGUAAUGAUGAUAUCAAUAUACAACUGAUAGGUAUGUCAGCUACAUUGCCAAAUUUACCUUUGUUAGCCAAAUGGUUGAAUGCUGAACUUUACAAGACUGAAUUUCGUCCUAUUCCUUUGUAUGAGUAUUGCAAGAUAGGAUCAAAUAUAUAUGACAACACAUUGAAUCUUGUCAGAAAGUUAGAUGAAGUGCCAGAAUUAGGGAGAGAUGCGGAUAAUAUUCUACAGCUUUGCAUUGAGACAAUAAGUGACGGUAAUAGUGUGUUAAUUUUUUGCCCUACGAAAAAAUGGUGUGAGAAACUGGCGGAGCAAAUUGCCACAACUUUCUUCAAGUUAGGUUGCGAAGAUACUAGCAUCGGGAAAAUGUUAAAGAAAGAAAUCAAAACCGAUUUAAUUCAUGAAACUUUAGAGCAACUGAAACGCAGUCCAAGUGGCUUGGAUAAUGUUUUAAGAAGUACAAUUUCGUUUGGCAUUGCCUUUCAUCAUGCUGGACUUACGAUGGAUGAGCGCGAUAUCAUAGAAGGAUCUUUUAGAACAGGAUCUUUGAGAGUACUUGUAGCAACGUCGACAUUGAGCAGCGGCGUAAACUUACCUGCCCGAAGAGUAAUUGUGAGAUCGCCUCUGUUUGGCGGCACUCCGUUAAAUACUUUAACUUACAAACAAAUGAUAGGACGUGCUGGUCGUAUGGGAAAAGACAGUGCAGGAGAAAGUAUACUAAUGUGUAAUCCGAGCGAACGCAAUGCAGCCAUGUCAUUGCUUUCCGCGACUUUGGAUCCGAUUGAAUCUUGUCUCAACGAUUCUACGCUGCUAAUAAGAGCGCUGUUAGAGGCAGUAGCUAGCGAAGUUUUAUAUACGUUGGAAGAUUUAGAAUUAUAUAUUAGUUGCACUUUACUGAGUUUAAGUGACCAGUCUGACAUACGAACUUUCUCCAAUGAAGCGAUGAAGUUUUUAUUGAAUAAUGAAUUUUUGUUAUUACAAACCACAGAACGCGAAUCUAGAUGGAUAGCAACAGCGCUUGGAAAAGCAUGUUUGGCUGCAUCUGUACCGCCUCGAGAAGGACUGAUUCUAUUCGAAGAACUCCAGAAAGCUAGAAGAUGUUUUGUUCUGGAUACGGAGUUGCACGUAAUAUAUUUGGUAACUCCACUUUCUCCUGGAUGUCAAAUCGGCACUGUCGACUGGAUGACGUUUCACGAAUUAUGGAACAGUAUGUCAGAAAGCGAACGCAGAGUUGGAAAACUCGUGGGAGUGGAAGAACGCUUUGUGAUGCAAGCCAUUAGAGGAGUUGUCAGGCCCGGAAAAUCGUUGAACAUACACAGAAGAUUUUACAGUGCGUUGGCGCUGCAUGAUUUAGUGAAAGAAGUCCCGCUUAACGUAGUUUGUAAGAAGUACAGCUGUUGUCGUGGAGUGUUGCAAACUCUGCAACAGUCUGCUUCCACGUAUGCGGGUAUGGUCACACAGUUUUGCAAACAGUUGGGAUGGGAUUGUAUGGAAUUGUUGGUGAGUCAAUUUCAAACGAGAUUGCAGUUUGGUGUCUGCCGAGAAUUGUUAGAUUUGCUGCGUUUGCCGAUGUUGAACGGCUUACGAGCAAGAAGUCUGUACAAACAGGGAAUUACAUGCGUAGCAGAUCUGGCCGUUGCCAAUGAACUUAACGUCGAACGCGCUCUCUACAAUGCUCUUCCUUUUGAAAGUGAAAAAGAACACGAAGGAGAAUAUGCGCUCGAAACAGAAAAGAGAAACAAAAUGAGAACAGUAUUUGUUACUGGACGAGACGGUCUCACGCCGCAACAAGCUGCAAUUUUAUUAGUUCAAGAAGCGCGCAUGUUAGUUCAGAAAGAAUUGGGACUUGAACAACUGCCGUGGGAACAGAAUGAACGAUCUUUACAAGUGAAUACUUACUCAGGAAGUGCUGAAUCCAGCAUGAAAGAACGAAGUCAGACAGAAUUGACUUUAAGAAAUUUAGAACGCACUAAGACAGACACUUUAAUUGCGCAAAUCUCGGCACAUGAAGAGCUUGCGAAUAACAAAAAUACAAGUAAUGAAGAAGUUAAUUUGAAACAGAGUUUAUGUAAAGAAAUCAAUGAGGCCGGUGUAUCUGACAAGAAAGAAACAGUAUCAACACAUUUAGAUGAAGUUAUUUUGUCACCCGACAUGUUAGAAGAUAAUAAAGAUUUAUCUUUUUUUCUCGAUUUGAGUUCUCCUGAUGUGACUUUAAAAAAUGAGCAAUCAAAUACUGAAAACAACAGAAUUACUGAAACUAGUGGUUUUAAGAUAAAAAGAGGUAACAAAGAUUUGCAAAAUCCUGCUUUAAAUUUUGACGAUAGACCUAACAAAAAGUCACGGAUUUCCGACGAUAAUGCGGUAGAUAAAAAUAUGAGUGGAUCUAUUUUAAACGAUUGUAAGUCGUCGAAUUCGAGAAGUCCCAGUUUAUUCGAUGAUAGUUUGAAUCUCGACACUCAAAUGUACAAUAUUCUCGAACAAAAUGUCAUGGAUAUUGCACAUUUGGAAGAUUCUAAAUUAUCCGCGAACAAAUUGAACGCCACAAAUACGUCACAGAAAACAUCUGCAAAUUUAAAUGCCAACAAUAAUCAAGUAAGCAAAGAAAAUGUAAAAACUGUAGAGACGGUGCAUUUGCAGUCGAGAACCAGUAUAUUGUCGUGGGGUGAUGAUUCGUGGAAUUGCACAGAAGGACUGCUGAAGCACAUGGUUCAAGGUAACGAUCAAAACGGUAAGAAUAAACUGCGUCAAUCCAAAAAUGCCGUAAACACACCUAAAUCCACCACGUCGCAAUAUACAAAUCACAAAAGUGCCAAGUCUUGCAAUAAAAAAAGCAAUAAAAAAAGCGCGCAUAAAACAACGGGGGGUAUUAUACAGUGUCUUGCUGUAAUCAAGGAAAAAAUACCGCAUAAACCUAAGUUACCAAAAGUAGCAGAAGUGGAGUUUCCUGCGGAAAAUCAAAUUAUUACGGAAGAAAAAAUAUCCGAAGAUUUACACAAAACCGUGAUGGACGAUAUCAUUGUUGAUUCACAGCUUUACGAAACUCCUUUCAGCGAAAAUCAAACGAGAACAAAGUUAGAAAAGAUACGUAAAAUGCGUUCUCAGAAGAUUUCAGAGGAAAUAAUAAACGAGGAAACAAAUAAUUGCUUGAACUCUUCUACAAGAAAUAUAGCGGGUGGUAUAAUAGAAAAUAAGACAGAGCCACAAGAGAAAUUUAAAGGAAUUUUUGCACAAAAUUUAUUAUUUACUGCAAAUUGCAGUUCCGACAAUGUUGUAUGUAACUCUGAAGAUGAGAUGAAGAUUGAUUCGAAAAGAUCAAUUUCUAUGACUAGAAAGCAGUUGAAUACUUUGAAUAAACAUGUAAAUUCAAAAGUAGACAUCACGUUAGAAACUAUUAAUAAAAAGGAUGUACUGAACGAAACGACGGAUUGGAACACAUUGAACAUUGUGAAAGUUGCAAAAAGUAGAGCGACUUUUAAUCUGUUCAAGCGCGAAGUAUUGAAAAAGCAAAGUAUUGCGAUAGCUUUACAUUGCAAUACAUACGUAGAUAACACAAACAAUAUAGGCUCAAAGAUCUGCGCUUCUGAUCGGAAGGAGAAACAAAGAUCCAAAAAGUCUGGAAGUUAUACGCAUGAGGACAAAGAGAUUUGUGGUGCUGCAAUAUCCUGGGAGAGCAAUAUUGCAUAUUACAUGUCAUUUAGUAAUUCACAAGAAUCAAAAGUCUCUGGAAAGGAACAAAUAACUCUGUUGAAAGAGUUAUUUUCUGAUACAACUUUGUACAUAAAAUGCUUUGCGACAAAGGAUAUGUAUAAACUCUUGUAUCAGUGUUGUGCAAUCUCCGCGAAAUGUAGAUUUCUCGAUCCAAUAAUAGCGCAUUGGUUGUACACUAAUGAUUUUGAAAAAACUUUCAACGAAAUGACAAUAGAAUAUUUUCCUCAAGGAAAUUUCAUAAUGAAACGUAUCAAUUCUUGUUACAACUCGGGUUCAAAAAUAGAUGUGCACAGUUCUUUACCAGAUGAGUUCAAGUCAGCAGCAAAAGCCGUGCUCACAUGGCACAUAACAGAUAAUGUCAUGACUAAGUUAGAAGAACUUAAUCCUGUUCUAAUUCAUACAUUUAGAGAUGUAGAAAUGAGAAUCGUAAUUGUUUUGGCUUGUAUGGAGUUAUCGGGCAUUGGUGUGAGUCUAAAAUCGUUACAAGAACUGUCGUCGGUUAUCUCAAACGAGAUGCAUGUGUUAGAAACGAAGGCUUACGAGUCGGCAGGUAGAAAAUUUAAUUUUUCAUCAUCGAAGGAAGUCGGUCAGGUAUUAGGAUUGUGUAAAGACAAAAAAGUCAGUACAAGCAAGUCUGUUUUAGAGAAAUGUGACAAUCCGAUAUCGAGCCUUAUAAUUUUAUGGCGAAAAUUAAAUGCAACAAAAACCAAAAUGAUCUAUCCGUUAUUACAUUUGGCCCAAAAAGAACCUCGUAUUCGCGGUAAUUGCAUUACUUGUACGAUGACGGGAAGAGUUUCGAUGCAUGAACCAAAUUUACAAAAUGUGCCAAAGGAUUUUAGUUUUGGGGAUAAUGAUUUCGUUAUAAGCGUAAGAAUGGCAUUUGUGCCAGCUUUGGGCAAUAUAAUUCUGUCUGCUGACUAUUGUCAACUUGAAUUACGUCUCUUGACUCACUUUUCGCAAGACUCAACACUGUGCGAGAUUAUGAGACAAGAAGGUGAUAUUUUCAAAAGUAUCGCUGCUAAGUGGAAUAAUGUGACAGAAGAAGAGGUAUCCAAUAAAAUGCGUCAACAUACUAAACAGUUAUGUUACGGCAUGAUUUAUGGCAUGGGAGUAAAAUCUCUAGCCGAAACAUUGUGCGUAAGUGAACCUGAAGCUCAAGAGUUUUUAGAAUCUUUUAUGAGCACGUAUCCUGGCAUAUAUAAAUGGUUAAACGAUGUAUUAGAAGAAACACAUAACGAUGGAUAUGUGAUGACGUUAUUGGGAAGGCGCAGACAGUUUCCGGAUUUAAAGAGCGAAAAAUCAUCUGUAAGAGCUGCAGCAGAACGACAAGCUGUAAACACUAAAGUACAAGGCUCUGCAGCAGAUAUAGUCAAGAAAGCUAUGAUAACUAUAGAGGAAAGAAUGAGGCAUAGUUUUCCAGAUUCAGCCAUUGUAUUUCCCGAAGCACGAAACAAUCGCAAACUGCGAAGCAGUCGAGAGAUGCAACAAAGAGGCGGAUAUCUAGUUUUACAAUUACACGAUGAGCUGCUGUAUGAAGUAAAUUUAGCGGAUCUGAAAAAAGUAGCUGCAAUAAUAAAAGACUCAAUGGAAAAUGUUAGCCAACUCACCGUACCAUUACCAGUAAAAAUCCGAGUUGGACCUGCAUGGGGCGAUUUAACCGAUUACCAAUUUUAGCACGAAA